AUGACACGCCAGAAUAUCAUGUGCCACGCCGAUGUUGGGCUGAUGAGCAACCACUGGAUCAAGAACUAUCCGCGUCCGUUUGCCAAUUUCAACACAUGGCAUAAAUGCAGGAAUUUCGAUGAGGUGCUGGACUUGGCGUAUAAGCACCAGGUACCGACGCCGCUGCCUGAAAAUUACACUUGGCCUGUAGUAGAAGGGAGUAGAAUUUGGGAUGAUGAGCCACAGCCGGGGGAGUGGGAGGGGAUGAUUGAGGGGUUUGGGAGUUGA